AUGCAGCCCAAGGCUUGCUACGGCCUGGUCUCGAUGGGGCCUCUGCCUCGGGCUAGCGCGCCGAAUGCGAGGCCGCCGGCGAAGAAGGGAUGCGCGAGGAUGGGGGCGCCCACCAGCUUUUUACUGGGGCUGUUAGCGGCAAAGGUGCAAAACCGUGGGCCAAAAGCUGGCUACCGUGGGGCACCGCAGGUGAGCCGAGAAAGGGGUGGAGAAGGUCUCGUGUAUACGGGCCCUCGGCGGGCGGCGGGAAGGGAGGUCCGCCACCCAACAGAUCAGGUGCAAAUCCGCCUUGCGCUGUUUGAUUGCAGCGAAUACAAAACUGCAACCAUCUGA